AUGAGCAAUCAAUGGAUCACCUCUUUCAUUAUUGGCUUUAUAGCUUUAUCAAAUGCUACCGAAACUUUAAAAGAAUUUACCGCGAAACUUGAAUUUAAUGAUAAGAAAUCAAAUUAUGGACUAUUAGGAGAACAUUAUUCUCAUACAAUAGCCAGAUGUGCCAUGCUGUGUAAAAGGGAGUGUGUCUUCUUUGGUUUCAACUCUCAGUUGAAGAAAUGUCGUACCCACAAGAAAAGAUUACAUGUAACGUCUGGGAUGUCUGAUGAGGCCGGUUGGAGAUACUACUCGGAUAACUAUUUUUCUGCAAUGCCCAAAGAUUGUAAGGAUCUUCACGAGAAUGGUCAAACUACUACAGGGGUGUAUGAUAUAUACCCCUACAAUACCUUAACCAUUCCAAUAAGUGUCUAUUGCGACAUGGCGACCAUGGGUGGGGGAUGGACGGCCAUUCAGAAACGCGUUGACGGAACUCUGAGCUUUAACAGAAACUGGACGGAAUACAAAAAUGGUUUUGGUUCACCGGAACAGAAUGUCUGGGUUGAAUGGCACAACGCUGUAUGA